GGGGGAAAUCUCUUUUUCCUGCUGCUCGACGAUGGGUCUUUAGGUUCUUCAGUCGAGAUUCGGCCGUUCAAUUGUGCGCACGUUUUGGAAUUGAAAGCUACACUUUUACAGCCUGCUAGGUGGCUAAAGUAGGCGGAAAAUCGGUCCCCCCUUUUCAGUGAAGAAAAGCCAUCUUGCCAAUGAGCACUUGGAUGUAAGGAGGGGUUUGGCCCUUUUUGUUCCAAAAAGACGACUAUCCAGUGUCGGUGGAGGACAAAAGUUGCUAAAGGACAUCAGUAGCGGCUUUCAUUCGCGUUCGAUGAAGUAAUUUUUAGGAAUUCUGUAGAAAAAACCAAAGUCGGUAUCGGUCGCAAAAGUGAUUCAUGAAAAUUAGUGAAAAGUUAAGCAUUGUCUCUAGCCAACAAGAAAAAAAAAACGGUUUUCCACCGAUUUGAGUGAAAUAGCUGUGCCAGCGACGUGGAAACGAAGUGUGGUUGAAUAGUGGUUGAAAAAAAGUGAGCGUUUCAUUUCUUUGGAUCAUAUAUUUCAACAUGAGUUGUGAAUGCUCCAAAAAAGCAAUUACAUAUUUCUGAUCGUGAAGAUUGAGGGAAAACUGGAUUAAGACAAAAAGUAUGAUUUGCAGUUACUAGAAGCUUCAACAAGGAAAACCACGAAAAAGGAGACCCGGCCACACGACGGCGAUGACAACCCAUCACGGUCCUUCGUCGUCGUCAUCAGGAUGGCCCUACCAGAGCUCUUGAGAGAUGCCAACCGACGGAAGUUCUAGAUCCUCCAGGGAGCAAGGGAAAGCCCGUGGUGCCGAGUGCACAAUUAAAAUGUGAUAAACAUGACGUGAAAGAACUGAGAAAUUUCCAUCGCCGACAAAACCCACGGAACUAGUGCAUUAAUUGCGGGGAAGCAUCUGCUGGGCUACCGAAGUAAGCAGAAGAAAACCGUGAUGACAUGCAAAAUACUGCGAUGGAAACUAUAUGAACAAGUUGUACAUAUUUUCAAUUUAUAACCCUAAUUGAAUUCGACCGUAGGAUUACUGCAAAAAGUGUGAAUCUAUAAGGAGUAUAGCUUAAUGAAGAAAUUAUUGAGUUAAUAGAAAAAUCCUAAGUUUCCUACAGAGAUCGAAACAGAAGUGCUACUGUUAAAACUGCUCGACUGAUGAACGGUUUUAUCCGCGAAAAGUGUAGUGCAAUGCCACCAUUUAAUACGUAAUCGAUUUAAGGCUCUUUCAUAGCUAAAUCACACGCAUAUUGACUGGCAAACGAUAGCUUAAUAGCAUAUUCAUAUGGCAUAAAAAUAAAACUAUACCGGUAAACUCUGGCAAACGGCAACGACGACGACGACCUGACCUCAGGCUUUAUUUCCCUCUUUCGGUAGAAGGGAGUGGUUUACAAUAAUAGCCAUCGUGUCACCGCAAUAAUUCGUGCGAAGAAACAAGGCAGUGUGCGAAAAAUAUAUGACCAACCGUCGGAAGAAAUAAAUAAACGACGUCACCUCGGGACCAGCGGAAAACAUUCGUGGUGACCCAUCUGGUAGACGAAUAAAAUAUUAUCCGAUCCAAGUGAAAAACAAGAAAAUCUAAGCGCUCGUGUGUGGAGAAAAUACUCAUAGAGAAGUUCAAGUGUUGUAAAUAAUUUUUAUUGCUCAGCUUAUGUAUCCGCCUUUGAGAGUAAAUUGAUUGGAAAACGGUGAGGGUGCGGUGGACUUUUUCAGUGAGUUUCUUUAUUACCCGACGUAAUAAUAAAUGGUUCACCGGUGCCGGUUAGCACAUAGACUACAUUGACGGAAAAUUAUUGUGUAGUGUGUCGGAUUUUGGAGACCCGGUCAAGACCUGAGAACGAACACACACCUUAAGGAAUUCCAAACAUACACACAUUUUAUGGAAGGCGUCUUCUCUACGUUACGCAUGACCGUGAAAGAAGACGAGUUGUGUGCGCUGCAGUAAAAAGAUUCUACCGCACUGACAAGCCAACCACCAGCCAACUAGCCUUUGAAGAUCCGUCUCAGUAGUGAUAAUUAGUGUUACCGAAAUGUGCCGUGUAGUGCUGUGCAGUGUUUCCGUUACGGAGAAUACGGAAUCUGAUCGAUGAAAGCCACGCCUCCAGUCGGCAAGGGCCAUGUCAUUGACUGCGUCACAACCACCAGCAUCUCUGUUCGAACUGUCGCUCUCGAGGAGACCAUCACCAUCGGCGUCGUCCUCGUUAUCGUCUGAGUCAUCGCUAGGGUUGUCACCGUCUUUGGUGAGCUCAUCGGUGAACUCGUCGCCAGAACAAUCGCGAGCAUCUCCUCAAGCCUCACCAACAAUAUCACUCUCAGUGCUUUUCGUACGAAAUAGUGAUCAAUACAUAGGCUGUCACGGGACAACCACACAUCAACAGUUAGAGUUAGGCGCCAAUUCAGUUUGUUUCGAGUUCAUUAGCGUUUACGUGUUGCUAUUAUCCAUACUCGUUAUAGUGCCCGGUUAUCGUCUCGUUAUCAUAGCGCAUAAGGAUGGCCAUAGGCGAGCUAGUUUUAUGAGUUGAAUAGAGAAGAUGUCUGGAUUCAUGUAGCGGGCAUGCGAGCUAUCCUUCCGUACUGUAAUGCGAAGGAAUAUUUUAAAAGUUUACUUACGCUAGACAUGGAAAUGACUAGUUUAACCGAAGCAACACAGGCAAAGCGAUAGUGCAACUGAGUGAUCUCUCUAUAUCUAUCUUUGCGUCCUUCCCCUCUCUCUAUCUGUUGCUUUCGUAUAUGUGCGUAACCAGUGGCCCUAUGGUGGGCGAUCGCGACCGAGAGCGUGAAGCGGUGCGCUGGGAACUGGGGGAAACUACGCCACCCCCGUUUAAUAAUGGUGGGCCGGGAACCACGAUGUGCAGCGGUUCGGCAGCGCCGGGCAGUUCAUUGCCAGGAAGCAGCUUCGACGAUGGUACCAUCAAUACAACAACGAACAUCGGAGGCUAUGGAGGAGGAGGAAGUAGCACUGGCGGCUUCGGUGGAGCUAGCCUACCAGGUGGUGGUGGAAUUCCUGGUGGAGGAGGAGCAGGCGGCGGAGGCGGCACUUCAGGCGGAGGUGGAAGUGCUAAGGAGGUACGCUAUGCACCAUUCCCUGUUCAAUCUCUGUCUCAUCCCGCCUCUGCAAGUUAUGCGCAAAUGUCCCAGGCACCGCUGCAAAGGGCGCAUUCCAGAUCUAUGUCAUCAAUACCACCGGAGCCCUUCAUGAUAAUGCGCUCGAAGGCGCUCAAUCGACGUGUUCUAAUCAAUGUAGGUGGCGUCAAGCACGAAGUCCUAUGGCGAACACUCGAACGUCUGCCUCAUACACGACUCGGGAGACUGCGGGAGUGUAAUACGCACGAAGCAAUAUCGGAGCUAUGUGAUGACUACUCACUGAUAGACAACGAAUACUUUUUCGAUAGACACCCGAAGAGUUUUAGUUCUAUUCUUAAUUUCUAUCGCACCGGUAAGCUGCAUCUGGUGGACGAGAUGUGUGUGCUAGCGUUCAGCGAUGACCUCGAGUACUGGGGCGUCGAUGAACUCUAUCUGGAGUCCUGUUGUCAGCAUAAGUACCACCAACGAAAGGAACACGUUCACGAAGAAAUGCGAAAAGAAGCAGAAAGUUUACGUCAGCGGGAGGAGGAAGAGUUCGGUGACGGAAAAUGCGCACAAUAUCAAAAGUACCUCUGGGAGCUGCUCGAAAAGCCGAACACUAGCUUUGCCGCUAGGGUAAUUGCCGUGAUAUCUAUUCUCUUCAUAGUAUUAUCUACGAUAGCUUUGACACUCAAUACAUUACCGUCCCUGCAAUCCGAACAUAACGGCACCUCCCAGGACAAUCCUGAACUAGCGAUGGUUGAGGCAGUGUGCAUCACCUGGUUCACGCUCGAAUACGUCCUGCGGUUUAGCGCUUCGCCGGACAAGUGGAAAUUUUUCAAAGGUGGCCUCAAUAUUAUCGAUCUGUUUGCCAUUCUGCCCUACUUUGUGUCCUUGUUCCUGUUGGAGACCAACAAGAACGCCACGGACCAGUUCCAGGAUGUGCGCCGGGUGGUGCAAGUCUUUCGCAUCAUGCGCAUCCUGCGAAUCCUCAAGCUGGCCCGACAUUCAACGGGCCUGCAGUCGCUUGGCUUCACGCUGAGAAAUUCCUACAAGGAGCUGGGUCUGCUAAUGUUGUUCCUGGCAAUGGGCGUACUCAUCUUUUCGUCCCUGGCAUAUUUUGCUGAAAAAGACGAGCCUCAGACCAAGUUUGUAUCUAUACCCGAAACAUUUUGGUGGGCGGGAAUCACCAUGACCACGGUUGGCUACGGGGACAUCUACCCCACUACUCCGCUUGGAAAAGUGAUUGGUACCGUUUGUUGCAUAUGCGGCGUACUGGUAAUCGCAUUGCCCAUUCCUAUCAUCGUUAACAAUUUUGCUGAGUUUUACAAGAAUCAGAUGCGGCGUGAGAAGGCUCUGAAGCGGCGCGAAGCCCUCGAUCGGGCCAAGCGCGAGGGAAGCAUCGUCAGCUUUCACCAUAUCAAUCUGCGGGACGCCUUCGCCAAGAGUAUGGACCUGAUCGACGUCAUUGUUGAUACUGGUGAACAAAGCGACCAAAUGGAAUCACCAGCCGAGUCAGUUGUUGUCACUCCAUUGGCAGCCAGAAGACGACAACCACCGCUGUCAUCCAGGCUAGCAGAAUUGAAUGAAGAGCUCCGGGCCGAGUCACCGAGGCACAAUCUUUCAACCGGAGACGGAAACAGCACUGAAGAGGGCGACUCUGUGGGCGGUGGCCGCAAUCCUGCCAUGACCGGUGUCGGUUGCUACAAAAAUUACAAACAUUCCGCUGGAUUGCGAAAGAGAGUCAAUUCACAGUCCGAAAACUAUCCGCAAAACUCUACCGGACCAAUGGACACCGAGGCGGCCCCCCCUUAUAGCCCAUCAAUGCAGCAACACAACAUGAUGAUUGAUAUGGAUGCCACUGAGGAACAACAACUGAUCAUGCAGGAGACACCUCAGCAUGAACCUCCCGUCAUGAUGGCUACCAGGGCGGAAGUAGAAGAACUACGCCGUCAAGUUGCUUUAGAAACUUCUUCCACUAGUAAACGGGACAAAUCCGAUACUGAACUGCCAUCCGAGUUUGAGUGUUGUUUUUGCACGUCAAAGGAGUACAAAGAGUUUAUCGAUGCUGAAGGUUUAAUGCCACUUCCAACUUCCGACUUCCACACGACGGUCUGCUUAGAGAUGCGUAUGCUAAAAAAUAGUAUGAACAAUAACUGUAUAGCCCCACCAGCACAAUUCGGUCCAAGUACAAUAUCAUAUCCAUAUCCGUAUGUGGAUACACCAAUCAAACAUUCUAAUAACUGUAAUAAUAAUAAUAAUAAUGUUAAUAGUAACGUCAACGGUACCAGUAACAACAAUAAUGCUAGCGUUAGUAAUAACAAUAGUAAUAGUAACAAUGGUGAUUUAGCUAGUGUCGAUAGCUCCGAUACAUACGCUAGUUGUCAAACGCAUCCAUUCCUGUCACAAGGUGAUCUAACAUCCGAUAUUGUAGAUAUGUCAUUCGACUUAGAUACGCUAGAUACGAACAAUCUGUAUAUAAAUCCACUUGAAAAGGAUACUCAACAGCAGCGUUCUGUAGGUACUAGAUCCCAGGUGAAGAAAAGUGCUUCCGGAGAUACUGGCCUGCGAAGUUUGGGUGCCAGUCCGAUGGACGACGAGUAUAAGCAAUUUCAGGCCUCGUUCGAUACGUCAGAUCGGGGAAGCCGUGUCAGCUUGAACGAAACCCCGGUGCCAAAGCAUCGUAAGACGCGCUUUCAACAGGGUGCUGCCUCAGCAGCGCUGGCCGCUGCUGCCAGGCCUAAGACGCGAUUCGAGAACCUUAAGUCAUCUAUCGAAAGCCUUGAAGAAGCCGGUGUGGGAGCUGCUCCUAGUAGUAGCAGUUCCACCAAAAAAUCUCGGAGAUCUUCCUUCAUGCCUGCCAAAAGUAUAGCUUCGGCAACUAAACUCAUCAACCAGCAUCUGUUCGGCAUCCAGAACCAAACGGCAAAAGGUAAAGAUGAUACUAAAAAGUUAUCGUUGUCCGUAGAUUCGAUAGAAACGUCACCUCAGUUAGAAACGCAUCGGCGAUCGAAAUCGAUCCUUAAAAAUAAAUCAGAAGCGUCGAGACUCUUGUCCGAUCCAGAAAGCGAAAGACUAUUGGCAGAUAAUAUGUCUGGAUCCGGGGUCUCGGACAACGGUGCCAAUAUGGGGAGCGACUCAAAUACUGACUACUCCGGAAGCACAAUGAUCGCCACCUCGAUCACCCCGAUAGCACAACGACAUCGACUGGUACAUCAGAGAUCGACACCGGCCUCAUUGGGCAGCAAAGCGGUGGCCAAAUUCCAGCAGCCACGCUUUUCGCAGGAAGAGUUCGCCAGGCAGAACAAACCACAGCUGACCAGAGGCGUGGGUAUCGGAACCUACGUCGAUCAUCUUACCGGUGAUCGUCGGUUAGAAACGGGAACUAGGGAAAGCAGCACAGAAUCGGAGACGGCAUUCUCAACAUAUCUUGCAGCUAGUAAUAGUAAUAAUAAAGACAAAACAUCGUUCGCCGGCAGUAGUUUAACGUCAAGCGAUGAAAGCAAGACGACUACGAGUAGGGGGAACUCCGUGGAAAAUCACGGCGGAAGUAGCGGCUAUGGAGCAUCGUCAUCGUAGCAGGAAGUUCCAAAGAUCCACCGCAACGAAAAAUACUAAAAAUAUUGAUCUUGUUAAGCCAAAACCUGUAAAUACGUCCCUCAGCUAUUCAAUCGAACGGAUCACUCUACAAACAAACCAAAGACAGCAACUUUUGUGAAUGAAAUUCCUCAACAAACGAAGUGAAGCAUGUGCCGACAAAAACAGAUACCAAAACUGGAUGAGCAACCUACUGUCACUACUAAGAAAAAAAAACGAAAUAAUAACGUCAAAACCAAUUGCAACACAAACUAAACUAAGAUCUUUUAAAGACAUUCGAACUAGGAAAGUAAAAUAUUUAAUUUUAGAAAUUUGCCACCGCAAGGGCAUUAACGAAGCAAACAAAGCUAUUUGAUUUCGAAACCAAAAAGAUAUACUAGACAUUUAUGUUGGAUAGGCAGAAAUAUAUUAGUCGUCACAUCACACUAAUCGUCAAAUGCAUCGAUUAUAUUGUCAAUCACACUCUACUAGGCAAAAAAUUAUACAAAGAAAAAAUCAAAUAAUACAAAAAAACGCCUGUCCAUACACACGACAUACUCAUCUGAAAGCUCAUCAAGGAUGAUUUGAAACAUCAGAAGCAGCAGUUGAAAAUCUUUGGUAGUGUACUUCUAGCUUCAGCGAAGCAAUUUCUGCAUCUGCAUAUCCGUGUAGUAAUGCGUCAUGUAUCUCUCGCCUAUAUGUAGGCUUCACGCAGGGGUGGUCAUCAUGUGCCAGAUCGCUUGACCACUGUACCGCCAUCGUCGCCAUUUUUACUCUAGGCAGCAAAAUAAAGAAGUUUUUGUAAAUACCAUUUUACUACCAUGAAUUUGAAGAGACAACAAGAUUUUAUCUAGGCAGUGCAAAAGAAGGAAAUUAAUUUAAAAAAUACAAACGAUUUAAAAGACUUGAAUUUGAAUCUAAGUUUUAUCUAACUUUUUUCUCAAAAAAAAAGAACAUCUUACAGAAGAUGAAAAUAACUGAUGAAUUUCAGGCAUAUGAGUGAUAUUUGUUUCUAAAAGAAAGCAAAUUUUUGAUUGUACAUUUUUCACUUUGAAAAAUUUGUGAAGAACUGUUUGUAAAAUGUCCAACGCAGAGUGAAUAGAAAGCCAAGCUAUUCCGGACGAAUACGGGGAUACACAGUAGGAAGGUUAUAGGAAAUACCAUCGCUUCUGAUGAAAAUACAAAAUCUAUGUGCUGUAAUUGUUUACACCGAUGAGUGAGACGUCUCUUCAUUACCAGUGCUGUGCUUGUCGUUGGAAUCGGUCCUUUUUACUCGGUUUGUAAAAUGGGAAAAAUUCUUGAUUAUUAGUGUAUUUAUUUUUCAUCUUGCAUUCUCAUCAGAAUUCAUUCAUAUUUUGAAUUACUAAAUUUCAUAGACUGUCAUUUUACAGGAUAUGAUAAUUUUUUGCUUGUCUACAUAUGUAUAACAACUACCGAAAAAUUAAACAUUACAUAUACUUUGCAAUUGGAUUAAAUGGACAAAUUGAUGUGAUAUUUGCGAAAAAGUUACACGUCUUCUCGGUGAAAAUCGAACUCACGACUCCCUGUGUUCCCUGAUUGAACUUGAGUGCAUGAGCGUGAGCGUUAUAAUUAAUGCCCCACAGAAUAAAGCUUUCAAAUACAGCCAAACCUUUGGCUGCAAGAUUUCAAUACAAUUUUGCAUAAAAAUCUCACUAACUUUGUAUACAAUUGUUACAAAUACAGGAAUACUAAAGCUUUCAUACAGUAAAUUUGAGGUUUGAAUACAGAAAAUGUAAUAUUUCAAUACAAUUUCUGUACAUGUAAGGAUUACAUACACAUUUUCCAUUAGGUCUUUAUUUAGGUUUAUCGGAUUGAGAAGCAUAAUUCUUUAUGAAAUACAACUUUUCAAUCAAGAAUUAAUAUCAAAUUCGAGGUGUGCAUUUCUUCUAUUUUCGUCUAUUUAUCCCCUUUUUUAUGGAUUUUAUUUAAAAUUUUCUCCACGGAACUAAAAUUAUGUUCAAUUUUGUAUCCACAAGGUAUCGAUUUCAAUGAAUAUUGAAUACAUACUUCAGUUUUUAAGUAAAACUAUUUUAUGAAAUUCAAUAUUUCAUCUCAAAUUAGCCAUCACACUUGGAUUACCAAGUGGCUCGGUAGCUUAGUUGGUAAAGUACUCGUCUAGCAUACAAGAUGCAUGGGUUCAAAUCUUACCUAAGCACGUGGAUUUUUUUUUCAUAAUUUCAAUCAUUAUUUAUCCAUGCGUAAUGAGUUAAUUAAUUUCAAAGUGUUUGUUGUGAGAUGACAAUAUCGACGAAUAGAAAAUAUACGAAUUUUCUGAAGAUAACGUCUAUCUGAUAAACUUAAAAAGUUUUAGUUUGGGGCCCAGAUAGCCGUAGCGGUAAACGCGCAGCUAUUCAGCAAGACCAAGCUGAGGGUCGUGGGUUCGAAUCCCACCGGUCGAGGAUCUUUUCGGGUUGGAAAUUUUCUCGACUUCCCAUGGCAUAGAGUAUCUUCGUACCUGCCACACGAUAUACGCAUGCAAAAAUGGUCAUUGGCAUAGUAAGCACUCAGUUAAUAACUGUGGAAGUGCUCAUAAGAACACUAAGCUGAGAAGCAGGCUCUGUCCCAGUAGGGACGUAACGCCAGAAAGAAAAAGUUUUAAGUACACGUGUCAUUACAAUCAGCUAAUCGAACACACAAUAAGCCGGACUUCUCGUAAACGUAGUAGAUUCUAGACUAACCAGCCCAGCAUCAGCAGCAUUGUAAAUCUAUUACGAUUUAUACAUUCUUUUAGAUUUGUAUGUUCAUAAGAAGAACUACAAAAAAUCUAUAUCUCGUAACCUUACCAUUACAAUUCAUGACUUUUAGUCGUAUUAUUUAUGAUAGGGACUCCAGAUCUAUUGUUAACCAUGUGUAUUCAUAUUCAGUUGUACCUUAACAAAUGAAUAAAUUUAUGCGUUUCACUUGCAAAUGGUGUUAGGUUACAUUUAUAUUCAUUCAUACGCUCAGAAACAACGAACAACAUAGGUGGAUUCCAGUGACUUUUACGCCAUUAUCGUAUGAUUUGGUCUUUGAUAUCAAAUUAUUUGGGCUUCGGUAUUAUGGUAUUUUCCUAGAAGCUGAAAUAUAAAUAACCUGGAUCUCAUUAAUUAUGUGCUAUGAAUAAGGCUGUUAUUCUCGGUAAGAGUAUAAACUACAAUGGAUCAACUUUUCGUACUUUUUUGUUAAUUUAUUUAUUAGCUCAAGAAGUUUAAACAUAUCUAUUUCUAUUCUAUUAUGUGUAAGAAUCGAUUCCAACGUACCUACUCAUUCUUCUAUGCUUUUUCAGUUUAAAUAAAGCAUCCUUUUCAAAACUCAGACAACCCAAAAAUAAAUCAAGGAAUCGUCCUGGACAAUCAGUUGUUUGCAAUGUGGAAUACUAUCAAAUCAAAAACAUAAUUUAGGCAACAGCAGUUGACGGUAAACUUUGAAAACCAACUUUCCUGUUACAAUUUUUAUCCUAUUUACAUGACGAAAUGUAAUCACACCUUCAAUCACAACCAAAAAGAGAACAAUCACAAUAAGAACUUAUUCCAUGUCUCACUAAUACCGACAAUGCACGAUUUCUCGAAUCAAACAAUUUUCUUCAAUCGUAUGUCUUUAUAGCAACGUAUGGAAACUGACAUGCAUUAUUCGAAAGCAAUACAAUCUCUAAUAUAUAGUAAUGCAUAUUUUCCAUGGGAAAAUUGAAAAAAUGAUCUUAACCAAAGAAAACACUUAUAUACAUAAUUAUUGCAACCACUGAAGCUCUACAACAGCAACAACAACUAUAGCUAUUGCUUGGUAUUUCGUUUCAUAUUACAGCACGUUUAUACCUAUUUUGCAGAGAAAUAAGCUUUGCCGUCCUGAAAGCUUACCAAAAUCCCUUCUGUAAUUCAAAUGCAACUAAACGAAACGAAAAAACAAAACGAAGAAAAAAG